UUGAAGACAUUAAGAACAGAAGUUUUUAAAUCGUAAUCGGUUAAACGCGAAUGAUAAGAGAAAAAAAAAUUAAAUUUUUUAAAUUAAUCGGACUUUUUGAUAAUUUGUAUUGAAUUUUAAUUAUUUUGUAAAUUUAUAUAUUGUAAUCAGGAGCUUAAAUAAUUGUGUAUAUCAGAAUGUUAAAAACAAAUUUUUUAAUUCUAUUAUUUAUUUUUGAGAUUUAUUUAAUAAAAAUUAUUGUAGCCGCAGAUUUUUUAAGUGAAAAACCUGAUUUUUUAAAAUCAUGUGAAAUCAAGAAGCCCCAGUUUACAAAAUGUUCAACUGAAAGUAUACAAGGACUUUUCAAUAAUAUUGAAAAUGGUAUACCAGGGUUUACAGCUAUAAAGAGCUUUGAACCGUUUACAUUAAAUAAAAUCAGAAUUGCACAAGGAAAUUCGGAAGCUGUUAAUAUAAAUGUUGAUUUAUCAAAACUGAAAUUGUAUGGAUUAACCAAAAUUAUUGUCAAAGAGAGCAAAGUAAGUUCUAAAGAUUUUUCAUGGAAAACUACAUUAUUGUUACCUAAGAUGAAAAUAGAAAGUGACUACGGCUUACAAGGACGUAUUUUAUUAAUACCAUUGAAUGGAAAUGGGAAAAUGAUUUUACAUAUAUCUGACUUAAAUGUCGUUUUGUACACAAAAACCAAGUUAUAUGAAAAAGGUGGAUUCACAUUUUAUAAUGUUACCGAUACAAAAAUCGAUUAUAAUUUAAAUGGUUUCCAGUCAUAUUUUACAAAUUUGUUUGGCGGAAAUAAAGAUUUAGAGGAGAGUACAAACUUAUUUUUCAAUGAAAAUUGGAUGAUGCUAGCUGAAGCACUAAGGCCAGUUCUUACUCAGGCCAUUCAAGAUGUUUUAUUGGAUAUGCUACAAAAAAUAUUUCACUAUAUACCAGCUCAAUUUUUUGUCUCAGACAUUCCAACACCAAAGGAAUUGUAUGGGAACUAAAAUCUAAAAAAAAACUAAUUUUUUUUUAAUGUGAUUAAUGAUUACCUAAUUGUAAAAUAUGUAGUAUUUGUAGUCUUAUAGUAUAAUUAGUAAAUAUUUUUGUUCAUAAUGUAAAUACAGGAUAUUGUUACAUGA